AUGGAAGAUAACUUCAAAGUUCGAGUAGACAAGGUAUUUGGGUCGCUGGGCAAUACGGCGUCGUCUUUGAGCGUUAACCCUUCAAUGUGGCGCCUCACAGACGAUGAAAUCAAAAGACAAGAAUGGAAUCGGAAUAAAGAGGAAGAGGAAGAGGAAGAUGAAGCUGAAGUUGAAGAAUCUGGACCAUCCGAUUACCCUCCGAACAAACCCGAAACAGAUGUCGGGGCCCAUCUGAAAUCGGAUCUUCAAGAGCUGAGCGAAUUUGAAGAAGAGGAUGAAAUUAAUGGAGAGAAAAAACAUCAUGGUACCAACUCUACUGAUGAUGAAGUCUGGGAUGUUCAAUCCCUAAUUGGCCGCGACUGCUCCCUUGACUAUGAGGAAGAGGAAGAUAAAUAUGACAAAGUGGCAGUCUGUAGGGAAGAGGUUGGUGACCGCCUAUAUAUGAGGGACGUGAAAGUUGCUGAAUAUGGAUUUGAGAGACUUAAUACUUAUGGUGAGCUUCCGAACACAUUCCAGGAGGUUGUUAGAGAUCCUCGUGCAAAUCACAUGGCUGCUAAACUUAGGCUGAAAGAAGAUGCGGAGGCAGCCGGGAAUAUUGAUUCUUUACAAGUUGCUGAUAGCUCUGUGGCCCUGGAUGUGGAGACCGAAGAUCUUAACCAUGCAGAACUAGAUGCUUAUAAUCCAAAAUCUAUUCUGAAGAAAAGAGGAAGUCACAUAGACUCGAAGUCCAGGAAGCGUGUCCGCUUCCAGUUGAACCAUAAAUGCAGUACUCAGAAUCUUGAGGAACAGCCUUCAGGAGCCAGUGAUUUAGUGUCGGAGCCAUCUUCAGGGGAUGAUGUUGCAGCAUCACAAGAGGCUUCUGAUCUUUCACAAUAUUCAUCUGCUGUUCCAGAUUAUCUGAGGAAUCCUUCAAAAUACACACGAUAUACUUUUGAUUCUUCUGAAGAUAUGGAUGAGCAAUCCAAUGGAAAGGCGUAUAUGGACUUUCUCCAUCAGUUGAGGAAGGGAAACACUGAGAGCUCAUUGCAGGAUGAUACUUGUGCUGACAUCCCAAAAUCAAUAGUUUUCACUCCCAAAAAGAAGCCAGAAGAUGACUUAAUGGUGAAGAGAAGUAAUGAUUCCCUGGGAGAUGAUGCUAAGCAAAAGGGAUUGCCCAUUGGUGUUGCAGAAGAGGAUGCCCAAGAAAGUGAAGUCAGUGCAAUGGAAGAAGACGAGCCACAUAUAGGAAUUGAUAAAGGUAGCAGCUCCUUGCAGAAACCAGGUCGCCAAUAUCGGUCAAGGACCAGUGCAGAUGCUGAUGACACUUGA